AUGUUUGGUUUUAUCUAUCCGCCUCUCGCCGGCUCACUCGCAAAUAUCUCCAAACCACGGGGAAAUCAACCCCCGCCCUCUCUUCAACCUUUGCAGGCGUGUUCGCUGCCUGGGGGACCAACGACGGGAUGGAGACGCGACGGUUACUGCAGUACGGAUGACAACGACCGCGGGCAGCACUGCGUGUGCUCGGAGGUGACGCAGGAGUUCUUGGACUACACCAAGGCCCAGGGGAACGACCUCUCCACCCCGCUACCGCAUUUUCCGGGUCUCAAGGCCGGGGACAGAUGGUGUCUGUGCUCCUCGCGAUGGCUGCAGGCGCAACGCGCUGGUAAGGCCCCCCUUGUGGUGCUGGAGAGCACCCACGAGAAGGCGAUGGAGGUCGUGCCUCUCGCGCUGUUGAAGGAGUACAGCUCGGAGCAUGCUCCCGCCGCGCCGUCGGAAACGGAGCUGUAGCAGCAGUGGCAGCAGUAGUAGUAUAGUAGUAGUAGUAUAGUAGUAGUAGUAUAGUAGUAGUAGUAUAGUAGUAGUAGUAGUAGUAACCGUCGUCGAUGGAGUUGUUGCGGCCACGAAGCUGAGCAACGCACUCUGUACUGCUUGACAACGGAGAAGGCUGCGGGGGAAGACAGUGCGGCGGCUGGAUUGUAGAGGAGGGAUGGAUGCGCUACAUAGUUUAACGCCAGGUUAAGUCAGAAAAUGUGUGGUAUACACCGGUGUCCCCGUGAGGCUGCCGCCAUGCAGUUGAGCUAUGCUUGCGGUAUGUGGACUGCUCGAUCGGGUUGUCGAAGGUCAUCGAGUAGUCAGCGGUAGUAGCAAAUCUCGAUUUCGUUGCAGACGGAGCCGUUUUUCGCUUUCUUCAGGUGUCGGGAGCAUCUUUUGGCCCACACGAAGAACGCUCCGGUGCUUGAAUAUGUGUGAUGCCGUCACGGUAAAUCCGUUGGGACUGCUGUGCGUGCACUUCCGGAGAUAAGUGCUGUGCGACGUCAUGGCCUCUGUUUUUCGUGCUCCUGCUAUAGGACAACGGGGCUCCCAGAAACGGCUCAGUCGGCUGUUGUUUGAGAAUAUACCUUUGGGCUGAGUGGUUGGUGGUGU